AACGCACAACCGGGGAACAAAGUUCAUCUGCUGUAAUUUAUGUAACAAAAUCUGUCAUCUCAACAUACGGGUUUAUUAUACUGUUAUUUUAAGGCGAUAUUAUCUAUGGCUGGAAGGCAUUCCAAACCGACCAAUCAGUGUCAAACAACAUGCAUUUUCUACCUCUUUUAGGGUAGAUUGGUGCAAUGGGACUUGUUAUACAACUACUGAAGGAAUUGUCUUAACUCGAUGGCGCAUCACCAGGGUCAGCUUUAACUGCAGUCUAUCGUUUGCUUUUUAAUAUUGUAUAAACAUAUUUUUUAAAGGAUUUCUUAUAUAAUGUUUUCGAGGAUUGCAUUUGGCUCUCAGCCUCUUCGGUCGAAUGUAUUUUUUUCCAAGCCAGUAAAACUUUUGCAAAAACCAAGGACAACUUUUCCUUCACAAGGCAGUUGUGCAGUCCAUGUGGACAGUCCACCCACUAUCCCCACACUUACCACCAGCUAUGCCCACGGCACCUCCUCCAAGUCUCUACUCUUCAGUACGGUCGGUGGGAGCCUCCAGGCUUCAGCUGAACGCUUUCCAGACCGGGAGGCUGUAGUGUUCCUACAGGACGGGGUCAGGAAGACCUUCUCACAGCUCCAGCAGGAUGUGGACCAGGCUGCUGCAGGCCUCCUGGCACUGGGACUGAAGAGGGGGGACCGACUGGGCAUGUGGGGACCCAACACAUAUGAGUGGAUCCUGUUCCAGUUUGCCUCAGCCAAGGCUGGCAUCAUACUGGUGUCUGUGAACCCAGCCUAUCAGGUGCAGGAGUUGGAGUUUGCUUUGAGGAAGGUUGGAUGCAAUGCCAUUGUGUGCCCGACCCAGUUUAAGAACCAGAAGUACUGUGACAUGCUCAGGCAGAUCUGUCCAGAGAUGGACACUGCUAUCCCAGGAUCGGUCAAGAGUGCCAGACUCCCUGACCUCCACACAGUGAUAGUGACAGACAGCCGGCAGCCGGGGAUGUACCACCUAGAGGACGUGAUGCAGGCAGGGAGCAGCCAGCACAUGCAGCAGCUGGAGGAGCUGCAGAAGAAACUGUCCUUCGACGACCCCAUCAAUAUUCAGUUCACAUCGGGUACGACGGGGAACCCCAAAGGUGCCACCCUCUCCCACCACAACAUCGUCAACAAUGCCUACUUCAUUGGCAUGCGACUUGGAUAUGACUGGAGGUCUCAGGUACGCGUGUGCCUGCCUGUGCCCAUGUACCACUGCUUCGGCUCGGUGGGUGGUGGCAUUGUCAUGGCCACGCAUGGCAUCACGUUGGUCUUUCCCUCCACCGGGUACGACGGACGUGCCAACCUGGCAGCUAUGGAGAGUGAAAGGUGUACCUUUGUCUAUGGCACUCCUACUAUGUACAUCGACAUGCUGGGCCAGCCUGACUUGGCCAAGUUUGACUUGUCGUCAGUGGAGGGAGGCAUCAUGGCUGGUUCCCCGUGUCCACCUGAAAUAGUGAAGAAGGUCAUUUCUACCAUGGGCAUUAAGGAGUUUGUAAUUGCCUAUGGAACCACAGAGAACAGCCCGGUGUCAUUCUGUGGCUUCCCAACAGACAAUUUGGAGAGGAAGUCCGAGACUGUUGGGUGCAUUGCCAGUCACAUAGAGGCUAAGGUAGUUGACCCUGGCUCUGGUCAGCUCGUGCCUCUCGGGAUAUCAGGAGAGCUGAUGAUCAGGGGCUACUGUGUAAUGCUGGAGUACUGGGGGGAUGUCGCCAAGACAGACGAGUGCAUUGCCAAAGACCGCUGGUAUAAGACUGGUGACAUCGCCAGCCUGGACAAGUAUGGCUUCUGUCGCAUCGAGGGUCGAAUCAAGGAUAUGAUCAUCCGAGGAGGGGAGAACAUAUACCCAGCGGAGAUUGAGCAGUUCUUACACACCCACCCUAAAGUCCAGGAGGCACAGGUGAUUGGAAUAAAGGAUGAGCGUAUGGGAGAGGAGGUGUGUGCCUGCCUCAAGCUGAAGGCGGGACAGGAUUGCAGUGCAGAGGACAUUAAAGCUUACUGCAAGGGAAAGGUGAGAGAUUGAAUGAAAGAAAGGUUCUGCCACAUCCUGCUGUGGCUAGCCUAAAUCCUUGAAACG